AGCUCUAAUCUUUCUGUGUUUCAUGCAUCGAUCUAAUAUAGAAAUAUGAUGUGUGGUUAUGUUUUGUAUUUGCGUGUCAAUGUGAAAUGGUUUGCUUUUAAUAUCCUAUCCUAUCCUUCCUAUGUUAGAUGAUUUGAAUGUUUGUUAGAUAAUGAGAUGUUUGGUCAAAUUCUAUGAACUUCCUUGUCUGUGCUCCUUUUUCCUGCUCUCCAUGCUUCCAGAUCUUUCUGCUCCCGUUCCCUCGUAAAUUUGUACCCUUUAUAUAAAUCCCCCCCUCCCACCUACCCUUUUUCUUUUUAUUGUUUUUUCCUCAUAAAAGCGUCUUCAGUUUCUUGCUCAAAUUUUUUUCUUAAAUCAUCAUCUUGUCUUGAAGAAGUAGAGUACAAGACCACAUAUUUUAAGGUGUUGAUUGAAAGGAGAAUUUUGGGUUUUCCUUGGUUUUUUCAUUUGUAAGGACAUCACUGUAUAGUCUUCUUUUUGUUUGACCAUGCUUGUUUUGUGGGGAUCGAUCUGUCUCAAGUCUCAACAAUUUUGUUUUUGUUUUCAAAGAUGAAACCUUUUUAAUCUUCUCAUUUCAAUUUUUUGAUGGGUUCUUUCAAAAUUCCAACUUUUCAUCUGGUAGUGAUCAAUAUUAUUUUAUUGUUUUCUAGAUCUUGAAAUUUGUGAUUUUGUUUGCUAAACCAUGAGCUCUGUCCUAUAGAGAAUUAUGUAUUGUGCUGGUGUUUAUGUGUUAGAUUUGUGCAUUGUGAAAGAAAUGAUUCUUUUUUUGUUUUUUCAUUUACUUUGUUCCUGUGUGAAUUUGAGAUUGGGAUGCUGAUUUGGUUCUUGCUUGUAUUUGAUGUAUUAAUGUACUGCUUUGAUUGUGGCAAGGACAACAAGAGGAUAGUUGUGGUUGUGGUUAUGUUUGUUGGUGAAGGAGGGGAGGGGGGACAAACAAUGGCUGCACGCUACUGGUGCCAUAUGUGCUCUCAAAUGGUAAAUCCCAUCAUGGGAGUUGAGAUCAAAUGCCCUUUUUGCCAAAAUGGUUUCAUUGAAGAUAUGAUUGAUAGCACUGGGGAUAAUCAGGUCCCUGACUCUGAAUUUGGAUCUGAUCGUGCCCUCUCCCUUUGGGCCCCAGUCUUGCUUGGCAUGGUGGGAAAUUCCCAUCGUCGUAGAAGGCUUAGAAGGGUGGAGUAUGAAGAAGAUGAGGACGGCAAUGAUGAUGGUGAAGCAAACCAUGCAGGAGAACCUGAAUUUGAGCGUGAAAUAGAAUCAUUCAUGAGGAGGAGGAGGAGGAGCAGAAGAAACUCGGCUACAAUAUUGCAAUUGCUUCAAGGAAUUCGUGCUGGAAUUUUGGUAUCUGAAUCCGAGAACUUGGAAGGAGAUAGGGAUAGGGAUAGGGUUAGGGAUAUGAACAGGGAAAGAGAGCGUGUCAUUUUGAUCAAUCCAUUUAAUCAAAGUAUCAUUGUUCAGGGUUCUUAUGAUUCAAACAAUGUUCAAAACCAGAAUCAAAAUGCAAUUGGGUCAUUAGGUGAUUAUGUCAUUGGACCUGGCUUGGAUUUGUUAUUGCAGCACUUGGCAGAGAAUGAUCCUAAUAGAUAUGGAACUCCACCAGCUCAAAAGGAAGCCAUUGAGGCAUUGCCUACUGUAACUGUUAAGGAGCCUUUGCAGUGUUCGGUGUGCUUGGAUGAUUUUGAGAUUGGUGCCGAGGCAAGGGAAAUGCCAUGUAAGCACAAGUUUCAUAGUGGGUGUAUAUUGCCAUGGCUGGAGCUUCAUAGUUCCUGUCCAGUUUGCAGGCAUCAGUUGCCUGCUGACGAGUCCAAGCUUGAUUCUGAGAGAUCUAGAAAUACCUUUGAUCAGAGGGACAGUGAAAGCACUAACAGUGAAAGUAAUAUUAGUAAUGGAAUUAAUGUUGAAGAGGGAGAUGGGGAAGGAAGAAGUGGAAAUGGGAGAAGGUUUUCCUUUCCAUGGCCUUUCAAUAGCUUGUUUUCAUCUUCAUCUGGUUCUCAAUCUGGUGGAAGCCAUCCAUCCUCAACAGCAUCCUCCUCAAAUGCACCAGGAAGUGCUUCUCAAACAGAUGAGAAUUGAGUUUGAGUAUAUUUUCUGAAGUCGCUAUAUUAGCUUCUUGUUGCUUGAAUGUGCUGCCUGCUUAUGUACAUAGUAUAUUACUUACUGAAAAUUGUGUUUUAAUCACUCUGGUUUUUGUAGAUUUUUUUUUUUCAUGCCUUCAUGGAGAAGUUUAUAUUUCUGUUGUUUCCCCUGGCUCUUCUAUCUGUAUGUUAUUUCCGAAACUACUUUGAAUGGCUCAAUAGUUGCACUGGCUUUCUUUCCCCCAACUGAGUGAGGGGACUCCUUUGAA